CAGCGACGUCGCGUGGCAGCAGCAACAGACGGCUGCAACAACGACACGAAGCUCAACAAUAACACCAGCAAUAGAUUAAAUCAAAUGCAUUCCAACGAAGAGCCGCCCAUGACGGUGAUCGUCGAUGGAGGAGGAGGAGGAGGCAGCGGACAGCAGCACGGCAGCCAGAGGUUGCGGAAAACGAGUUCCUCCAGUGCCAAGGCUGCGAUACCAGUACCUGCGGCGACAGCGACAGCUGGCACCAUGCAACGCGCACAUCGACAACCAUCGAACGCCUCCGCGACCGCCAGUACCGAUUCGAGGAGGCGUCGCUAUCCGGGCAAGUCGGAGCGACACGAUCGCCAGGACCGACAGGACCGACAGGACCGUCAGGAACGACAGGACCGCCCAGAUCGCCAGGAGCGACAGGACCGCCCAGAUUGCCAGGAGCGACAGGACCGACACGACCGACAGGACCGACAGGAACGGCAGGAGCAGAUGCCACGCCGCCGGGCCGGACGACGCCAUAGUGGGGCCUCCUCGCUGAGCGAUGCGGUGGCCAGUACUGCCGGCCGCGGGCGCCAUCGACGUGAGGCGAGAUCGGGGGCCAUCAGCUCUUCGACAGCAUCCAGCUGCAAUGGCAGCUGCAGCUCCGACGACGGCGACUCCUCGCACACAUCGUCCUCAUCCUCGUCCAGCUCCUCAGGCGAGCCGAAUCUGCCGUAUCCCGGCUUCCCCGAGAUAUCCAUGAAGGCCCUCACGCAGUACACGCGGCCACGCAACUGGUGCCUUAUGCUCAUCACCAAUCCGUGGUUCGAGCGCGUCUCCAUUCUGGUGAUCCUGCUCAACUGCAUCACCCUGGGCAUGUACCAGCCGUGCGUGGACGAUGCCUGUGUCACGAAUCGCUGCAAGAUACUGCAGAUCUUCGAUGACAUAAUCUUUGCCUUCUUUGCCCUGGAGAUGACCAUCAAAAUGGUGGCCAUGGGCAUGUGUGGCAAGAACACCUAUCUGGCGGACUCGUGGAAUCGCCUGGACUUCUUCAUCGUCCUGGCCGGCCUGCUCGAGUAUGUGAUGCAUGUGGAGAACCUCAAUCUGACGGCCAUUCGAACGAUCCGGGUGCUGAGACCCCUGCGGGCCAUCAAUCGCAUUCCCAGCAUGCGGAUCCUGGUGAUGCUGCUGCUGGACACGCUGCCGAUGCUGGGCAAUGUCCUGCUGCUCUGCUUCUUUGUGUUCUUCAUCUUCGGGAUCAUCGGCGUCCAGCUGUGGCAGGGCAUCCUCAGGCAGCGGUGCACCCUGGACUGUCCCGAGGGCAUGAUCUAUCCCAUCACGGGACUACCUGAAGUGUACAGAGUUCGAGUCCGUGUUAACUCCCUAUCGCAGUACUACGAAUUCUCCAAGGAUCAGGACUACAUCUGCUCAACGCCCUCCGACUCGGGCAUGCAUCUCUGCGGCAACUUUCCCCCCUACCGCAGCGGGUCCAUGGUCUGCAAUGAGGAGGCCAAGCUGUUCGACUUCAACGAGCCGACGAACACCUCGUGCGUCAACUGGAACCAGUAUUACACAACGUGCAAACAGACCGGCGAGAAUCCCUUUCAGGGCACCAUUUCGUUUGACAACAUUGGCAUGGCCUGGGUGGCCAUAUUCCUGGUCAUCUCGCUGGAGGGCUGGACGGACAUAAUGUAUUACGUGCAGGAUGCGCACAGCUUUUGGGAUUGGAUCUACUUUGUGCUGCUGAUUGUGAUCGGGUCGUUCUUUAUGAUCAACCUAUGCUUGGUCGUCAUCGCCACUCAGUUCUCCGAGACGAAGAAGCGCGAGAUGGAGCGGAUGCGACAGGAACGGGCACGAUACACGUCCACGUCGACGCUGGCCAGCAGCACAAACAACUCGGAACCGGCCACAUGCUACGCGGAGAUAGUCAAAUAUAUCGCCCAUCUGUGGCGACGCUUCAAGAGACGAAUGUUAAAGAAGUACAGAUUAUAUAAGUACCAGCGGCAACAACGCAAGGAGGGACUACUGCCCAAUGCCGACAACCUGACCUUUUCGCCGUCGCGCAUCAAGUGCCACCAUCCGAAGUGCCCCAAGUACAGUAAUCGCAAGCAUCCGUCCAGCAUUCAGGAUCAGAUGAUUACCGUUAUGGUGCCGCUCAAUUCCAACUCGAAUUCCAACAACAACAACAAUAAUACCAACAAUCACAAUGGCAGCACCAACACGAAUGCCACCAACAAUGUGCCCAGCUGCACCACAGUGGCAUUGGUGAACGGGAUAAAUGGCAGCACGGCCAGUGUGACCAUGUCGACGGCCCAGCAUCAGCAGGCCGCCCAGCAGCAGCAGCAGCAGCAGCAGCAACACUCCUCCUCCGACAACACCGAACAGUCGAUGGGCGAGGCGGCCUGUGGCGGCGGCAGUAUGGUCAUGCCGCGCAGCUCCUCGCUGAGGAAGUCCUCUCACCACCAGCUGAAGCCCGAGGGCAGUGCCGGCGAGCAGAAGACAAUACUGUUGAAGUUCCCCCAGCAGAUCAUGGAUUCGGAGCAGCUGAUUCUGCAGUUGGGAAAUUUAGGCAAGAGCCAUCCUUGUACCUCGGGCUUCCUUAGUCCGCCCACGUCGGCCAGCCGACGUCCGUCGGUGAUGUUCAACGAGUACGUGCUGUUGCACACGCCUCCCGCCCUCAGCACGGAGCCGGCCCUGGCACCGGGUAGCGCCUCCCCAGCAGCAACAACCACCACUGUUGCCACAGUGGCGGGAACGGCAGCCGCAGCUGCAGCAGCGGCAGCGACAUCAUCAUCACCAGCAGCAUCGGCGGCCGGUCCUGGUGGCAGCCACAACCACACCAACCACAACCUGAACAACAACAACCAAAAUGGGAGUGGCAGUGGCAGUGGUGCGGCGGCAGUUCCAGAGAAAAGCACCACCAUAUUCUCCACGGAGAAGAUGACCCAGGCCGGCGAUGGAAGCAUCUGGCAGGUGAACCUACCGCAGACCAUCGGCACCAUCGCCAAUCCAUAUGCAGAUUGCUCCGAGCUGGGUAUACACGAUGCGAUGACUUGUCAAGAGCUGUUAGCAUUCUCUGUGGCCUUUUCAGCGGCCUUGCCGACGGGCCAGAGCACGCUAGAGUCCUUUUACACGUCGCUGGCCCGCUGCGAUCCACACACCGCUGAGGCGCUUAAGGCCCAGCACAAGCGGGCCCCGACCACUUCCCAGGCCCUAGUCUCUGUCCAGUCCCCGGGACAUUUCCAGCCAGCGCCGGAUCAGGCGUCGGGUGGGGCAGUGGAUGCCUUCGAGCUGAACGGUGCGCCCAGCACUGUCGCAGCCGUUUCAGCGGCUGUGGGCCCCGGGGAAUCGCAGGCAACCACUCAUCAUCGCCAGCGGAGAGAACAUCACUCGCAUCCCCAGCACCAGCAUCAGCAUCAGCACCAGCACCACCACAAUAAUAACAACAACAGCCACAGCAGGAACAACAAUGGACAUAGAUCACGGGGUCACACAUCCCACGGGCAGGGCCAUGGGCGCGAUCACGGCGGUCCCACGGGCAACUACAUGGAGGACUACGCCUGCUGCUACGACCUGUAUCAGAACGCCCUCUCGCCGCUGGAGGAGCGCCAUCAUCAGAGAUCUGCGGCGAUGCGCGGCCUCAUCGCCGUCUACCGCUGCGUGUCACGCAUCUGCAGCUACGUCCGACGCUAUAUCAAACGCCUGGUGGAGCACAAGUACUUCCAGCAGGGCAUCCUGCUAGCCAUUCUGAUCAACACGCUCUCCAUGGGGAUCGAGUACCACAACCAGCCGCCGGAACUCACAGCCAUCGUGGAGACCAGCAACAUAGUCUUUUCCGGCAUCUUUGCCGUCGAGAUGCUGCUCAAGGUGGUGGCCGAGGGUCCCUUCCGCUACAUAGCGAAUGGAUUCAAUGUCUUUGACGGCAUCAUUGUCAUACUUAGCGCCAUUGAGAUAUGCCAACAGUUUUUGGGCAAUGGAACUGGGGGCGGUGGCUCUGGUUUGUCCGUUCUGCGGACAUUCCGGUUGCUCCGCAUCCUCAAGCUCGUCCGCUUCAUGCCGAAUCUGCGGCGGCAACUAUUUGUCAUGCUUCGCACCAUGGACAAUGUGGCCGUGUUCUUCUCCCUGCUGGUACUCUUUAUAUUCAUCUUCAGCAUACUCGGCAUGUAUCUGUUUGGCGGUAAGUUUUGUAAAUUUUUGGACGAAUCCGGACUCGAACGCGAGUGUACGUGUCCCGAAAUAAUCAGCCGGCAUCCGCAAUGCGAGUGCGAUCGCAAACACUUCAACAACAUUUUGUGGGCCACUGUCACAGUAUUCCAAAUACUGACGCAAGAGGAUUGGAACGUCGUCCUGUUCAAUGGAAUGGAAAAGACUAGUCAUUGGGCCGCAUUGUACUUUGUGGCCCUAAUGACAUUCGGCAAUUAUGUGCUAUUUAAUUUAUUGGUGGCCAUUUUGGUUGAGGGAUUCAGUUCAGAGCGAAAUGAACGUCGCGAGCGCGAACAGCGCGAGUUGGUUAAGAAACUGCGCGAAGAGACAUUGGCCGAGAAUUAUAGCGAUGGUAUGUACGAUGAAUCGCGCAGCGAGGCGGAUUCAUCGACCACUAACGAUAGUUACUACGAGGUACGCAAUCGCUGGCGCUCAGCGGAGGACGUGCGCAAGCUGCAGGACUCGGCCGAGCUGAUCAUCGAGGCCAAGAGCAACAUGCACCGCCAGCGGCUGCUCCAGCCCAGUCACGAUUACCAGAUCAAUGAGCUGCCCACGCCGGGCGGCGCACCGGCGUCUGGCAUUACUGCUUCCGGCCAGGACAAGGAAGCUGGAGGUGGAGGCAGCGGCGCCAGCAACAUCCUCAAGCUGAUGCCACACGAAGAGGGCAGCAGCAAGCCCCGCGGCGGCCUCAAAAAGACAUACUCCGUCAAGGACAGACGCAGCGAGGCGCCGCGCCUUUCCAAGAUCCGGCUCGUCCGGGAGCCACCUAUCAUCACAACGACGGCGGCCACGCCGCAGGACUCGCCCAGCACCACCCUGGAGCCGGGCAUGACCUUCCGCCAGUGGGGCGACAUGGAGCCACCGCCUCCUCCAUCGCCAACGCUGCUGCGACCCCCGAACAUUUUCACUGGGGGACAGCGCACCCUGGACGAGGGCAUACCCGCCAUCGAUCUCAUUCCACCCUCCCCAGUGCUCGCCCACAAACCGCUCAACAUCCUCAACGCCAGCCAGCUGGGAGUGGGUGUGGGCGGAGGCAUGGGUGGGACGGGGAGCACAGGAAGCAGCAUGCACAGCGUCAUCAUCGAUGACAUAUCGAAGAGCUCUGGCUCGACAGCAGCUGCCGCGCCCAUCUAUGUGCCCACUAUCUCCUCCUCGUCGACGAGCCACAGCUACAGUCACAGUCUGAAUGAUCUGACGGGCUCGAUGACAGUCCAUGGACCUGGAACUGGAAUUGGACCUGGAGCUGGAGCUGGACCUGGAGCUGCUACCAGUGCCGGUGCCUCGACCAGCGGCAGUUCUUCCAGCGAGCGCCUUCCCCUGACCCCGUCCCCGUCCCCGUCCCCGUACAGCGGAAUUGGUGGGGGCAGCUUCAAGCAGCGCUUCCGGCGUAGCAGCUCCAAGAAGAGAAGACCCCAGCCGACAGCCGCAGCCGAGGACAGCAUCAGUGGCCAUGACGAGGAGGAGCAGCAGCAGCAGCUGAACAACGGCAGCGACAACAGCUUCCUGCUGAGGAGCAGUGCGGGAGGAGGAUUGGGAGGAGGUGGUGCAGGUGCAGGAAGCGGAAACGCAGGAGGAGCUGCCAAGGACACCAACCGGCUGAGCCCGCAAAACUCGAUCCGCAGACUGUCGAACACGCUGAGCAUCGGCAGUGGCAGUAGUCCGGGGGCGGCGCUGGGCAGUCGCCGGGCCUCGGCCUGCAUCUUCAACUCGCAGGUGUACCAGAACCUGAACCAGCCCCCGAAGCUGCGUCCGGGCACGGGUCAGCGGCGGAUGAGCUCCAUUGAGCUGGCAUUCAGCAAGACCUCGCACCUGAACCUGCACAACCUGGAGGCGAACCGGAAGUCGCUGUCCUACACGAAUUCUAAGAUGGACCUCGACAAGUGGCAGAGGUCGUACGGCAAUCUCAACGAGCCGGACAACAUGCUGCAGCAGUACAUCGAGGCGCGGGACAAGCGCAAGACCUCGAUAAGCCACUAUAACCUGAAGAAGCGGCUCGAGGAGAAGGAGCUCCAGCAGUUGCAGCAGCUCCACCAGCAGCAACUGCUACUCCAGCAACAGCAACAGGACUCCUCGUCCUCCUCCCAGCAGCAGCCCCAGUCCCAGUCCCAUCGGCUCUCCAAGGAGUUCCAGCACAUGGCACUGCAGCCACAUUCCAUGAUGACAAGUGGCGGGCGGAUGUCCAAGCUGAAGAUGAUCAUCGAACGGCUCACGCCCAGGCAGUUUGCCAUGGAGCGUGAGUCCUACUCGAUGUACGUCUUUCCCGAGGAUAACAAGUUUCGGCAGGUCUGUACGUGGUUUGUCAAUCAGAAGUGGUUUGACAAUGUUGUGCUGCUGUUCAUCGCACUCAACUGCAUCACCCUGGCGAUGGAAAGACCAAACAUCCCUCCAACCAGCACCGAAAGAUUGUUCCUGUCAACAGCCAAUUACGUGUUCACCGCCGUCUUCACCGUUGAGAUGUUCAUUAAGGUAGUCGCCACGGGCAUGUUCUACGGCACGGAUGCGUACUUCACAUCCGGUUGGAAUAUCAUGGACGGAUCUUUGGUUACCAUUUCCAUAAUUGAUUUGUUAAUGUCAUUGAUUAGCGAAUCGAGCCCGAGGAUAUUUGGGAUUUUAAGGGUGUUUCGGCUACUUCGUUCCCUGCGGCCUCUGCGGGUGAUCAACCGUGCCCCGGGUCUGAAACUAGUCGUGCAAACGCUCUUAUCGUCCCUACGUCCCAUCGGCAAUAUCGUGCUGAUCUGCUGCACCUUCUUCAUCAUCUUCGGGAUACUGGGCGUACAGUUAUUCAAGGGCACCUUCUUCUACUGCGAGGGCGAGAACAUCAAAAACGUGCGCAACGCGGACGAGUGCCGCCGCAUUCCGGGCAACGUCUGGACGAACCGCAAAUACAACUUUGACGACCUGGGCAAGGCCCUGAUGUCCCUCUUCGUGCUGAGCUCCCGCGACGGAUGGGUGAACAUCAUGUACACGGGCCUCGAUGCCGUCGGCGUCGAUCAGCAGCCCAUCGUAAACUACAACGAGUGGCGGCUGCUCUACUUCAUAGCGUUCAUCCUGCUGGUGGGCUUCUUCGUGCUCAACAUGUUCGUGGGCGUGGUGGUGGAGAACUUCCAUCGGUGCCGCGAGGAGCAGGAGAAGGAGGAGAAAAUCAGGCGCGCGGCCAAGCGGGCCCUGCAGAUGGAGAAGAAGCGCCGCCGGAUGCACGAGCCGCCCUAUUACACCAACUACUCGCCCACCCGCAUGUUCGUGCACAACGUCGUGACCUCCAAGUACUUCGACCUGGCCAUCGCAGCCGUCAUAGGGCUAAAUGUGGUCACCAUGGCCAUGGAGUACUACAAGAUGAAAAUGGCCCUGCAGUAUGCCCUGAAGAUAUUCAACUACUUCUUCACCGCCGUCUUCAUCCUGGAGGCGAACAUGAAGCUGGUGGCCCUCGGCUGGAAGCUGUACCUCAAGGAUCGCUGGAACCAGCUGGACGUGGGCAUCGUCCUGCUCUCGAUCGUGGGCAUCGUACUCGAGGAGCUGGAGACGAAGAUUAUACCCAUCAAUCCGACAAUCAUUCGGGUGAUGCGCGUCUUGCGCAUCGCCCGCGUCCUCAAGCUGCUGAAAAUGGCAAAGGGCAUUCGGGCACUGCUGGACACCGUGAUGCAGGCCCUGCCACAGGUGGGCAACCUGGGACUGCUCUUCUUCCUGCUGUUCUUCAUCUUCGCGGCGCUGGGCGUGGAGCUGUUUGGGCGCCUCGAGUGCUCCGACGAGAUACCCUGCCAGGGCCUGGGCGAGCACGCGCACUUCGCCAACUUUGGCAUGGCUUUCCUCACAUUGUUUCGCGUAGCGACUGGCGACAAUUGGAACGGCAUCAUGAAGGACACGCUGAGGGAUAAUUGCGAUGACGCGGCCGAUUGUGUACGCAAUUGCUGCGUCAGCUCGGUUAUUGCUCCCAUAUUCUUUGUGAUAUUCGUGCUAAUGGCGCAAUUCGUUUUGGUGAAUGUCGUCGUGGCUGUACUGAUGAAACACCUCGAGGAGAGCCACAAGCAAAUGGAAGACGAGCUCGACAUGGAGGUGGAGCUCGAGCGUGAGCUGGUGCGCGAGCAGGAGUUCGCCCAGGAGCAGAAGCUGUGCCAGCAGCUGGCGGAGGCGCAGGCAAAGGCGGCUGCUCCCCCACGCCCCCUCGCCAAGGUCAAGUCGCUGCCGAAGAACUUCAUCUACAGCACCCCCUCGCUGGACAAGAAGUUCCCCAGCCCCCAGUCCCUCACUAGCAGCGCGGCCACCAAUCUCAACCAGCUGCAGCAGCAGAAUCCAUCCACAUCGACAUCCACAUCGCCGGGACUGGGCGGACUGGCGCAGCGGGGCGGGACAGCCGGAGCGGGAGCGGGAGGACGCCGCCAGACCGUACAGUACUUCAAUCAGCCACAAAGCGGGCCGGGCCUGGGUCUCGGCCUUGGCCUGGGCCUGAGCCUGGCCGAGAUGGGUGGCACGCUGACGCCUCAGGCGCUGAGCGCGCGGCUGGGCGAACCCUUUGGCGGCGCCUCAACAGCGACGGCAGCGGGAGGUGGUAAUUGUGCCGGCUUCGGCCAGGAGCCGGGCAACCUCCAGCUGCCGCCUCUGGGGCGCCGCGGGCGACGCGCCUCGGCCGCCGCCGGCUUCCGCAAGCGCGGCGUGCUGUCCAAGGAGCGCUCGCUAGACGAGCAGGCCAUUCGACGACGUAAUCUGGAGGCCAACCGCACCAGCUGCGACUCGCUGCCCUGGGGUGGGGAUGCCCUCGACUACAGGCGCGGCACCAUCUUCGAGAGCCUCGAGUCGGAUGGCGGGGGCGGCGGACUGGGAUCGGGAUCGGGAUCGGGAUCUGGAGGAUCGCCACUCGGUUUUGAUAUUCGCAGCGUGCGCAGUGCGGAUGUUCCGCACCUGGAGCCGGACACCGAUGCUCUGGCCGUGGUCAGUGCCCUGGUGCCCGCAGCAACGCCUAUGCCCCUGUCCAUGCCGCUAGCCCUGCCCAUGCCCAUGCCCACGCCCACACCCACACCCUCAUCCACACCCACCGGGAUGUCGUCAGCACAUCAUCCGCCACCACGUCGCCCCUUCGGCUGGUCGCAGUCCGUCGACCAGGGCUGCCUCCUGGGGGCGCCCGGUCGCAGCAGCCUCCUUCUAUCCGUGCCGCGCUCGAUGCCCCCCCGGAGCCGCAGCGGCAGCACCAAGCAGCUCUUCAAGCAGCAGGCCCUCGACGAGGAUGCCGACAUGGACGAGAGCUCGCUGCUGCUGCCAGCCGUCAGCGGGGGAGCCGUUGGAGGCCCCACCCCCACCGUCGCCGCUGCCCUGGAGAGCGUGGCUGCCGCCAGUGCUGUGGACUCCCACUUGCUACCAGGCAAAUCCGAUUCGGCGGACAUCUUGCGCAUUAUCAGCGAGCGGCGGCGGAUGGAUCAGCGGGACCAGAGGGAUCCCAGGGACGAUGUCGAGGACAGGGACAGCGACUACAACGAGCUGUUGCUGGUCAAGUCCCCCCAGUCCUCGAUGGACUAGGCAUGCAACCCCUGUAUGUCCAUCUCAAUCUCUCUCUCUCUCUCUCUCUCUCCAAGUAUACAUAGAUCCCUGUCUGUCGCCCUUACUUUGUAUACCAGUCUCUAUAAAACAAAAAACAACCCAGUGGAAAAACAAAAAAAAAUCUUUAGGGAAUUUUCUAAGUGCUCAGUUUUAGAACUUGAAAACUACAACUAAAAAAAAUCGAUAGGCAAUAGGCAAUAGCGAUAACAAUAACGAUAAAUGAAAAUGAUUAAUCGAUAGCCGUAACUAUUACCGAUAAACGAUAACUACUCUUAGAGCGUUCGUUAUCCAACGCAAGACAAAAACAA